UCCGCAUUCGAGUCUCUUGUCGGUCGCGCCUCCCUCUUGCGCCUACUUUCCUUGCCGCCUGCCUUGUGCCGUCCCAGGCCCUCUUCCCCCGCGCGUGCCCACGUCCGCCGUCGCGUGCCUCGCACACCGUAGACCCAGCGUCGCCCUGUAUCUCGCUUGCGCCUGACGACCUUCGACCCCCCGCUGCCUCAGCCUUGCCGCGCCUCUCCGUGUCGCUCCUAGAAUAAUUACCAUGGCCGACGCCCAAGCCGCGCAAUCCCAGAUGCAACCGCCGUCUGCCUCUGCCGGCGCCCCUGGCUACGAUGGCGGUGCCCCGGGUCAAGGCCAGCCCCAGCAGCACAUGCCUCCCCCGCCGCUGGCGCCCGUCAUCAUCCCGCAGAACACGAACCCGAUCCCCACGGCCAUCAGCUCGCCCAUGAGCGGAAACCCCAUGUCACCCACCAGUGGCGGCGCGGGCUACGUGCCCCGUCGCGCGGCCCCCGAGCCCAACAAAAGAGCCUUGUACGUGGGCGGUUUGGACCCUCGUGUGACCGAGGAUGUCCUGCGCCAGAUCUUCGAAACCACGGGCCACGUCCAGAGCGUGAAAAUCAUCCCAGACAAGAACGUUAGUGCUGUCGAGACUAAUAUUGGCGUACAGUUCAGUCAAAAAGGCUUCAACUACGGCUUUGUGGAAUUUGACGACCCCGCCGCCGCAGAACGCGCAAUGCAGACCCUCAACGGCCGCCGUGUCCACAACAACGAAAUCCGCGUCAACUGGGCCUACCAGUCCAACAACACGGCCAAGGAAGACACCUCGAACCACUUCCACAUCUUCGUCGGCGAUCUGUCCAACGAGGUCAACGACGAGGUCCUUCUCCAAGCUUUCUCCACCUUUGGCCCUGUCUCCGAGGCGCGCGUCAUGUGGGAUAUGAAGACGGGCAGGUCGCGCGGCUACGGUUUCGUCGCUUUCCGCGACCGCGCUGAUGCCGAGCGAGCGCUUAGCUCCAUGGACGGCGAGUGGCUCGGUUCCCGCGCCAUUCGCUGCAACUGGGCGAACCAGAAGGGCCAGCCUUCCAUCUCCCAGCAGCAGGCCAUGGCAUCCAUGGGCAUGACGCCGACCACUCCUUUCGGACACCAUCAUUUCCCUACCCACGGCGUGCAGAGCUACGACAUGGUCGUGCAGCAAACCCCGCAGUGGCAGACUACUUGCUACGUUGGCAAUCUCACUCCUUACACCUCCCAGUCCGACCUCGUGCCUCUGUUCCAGAACUUCGGUUACGUGACCGAGACCCGUUUCCAGUCCGACCGCGGCUUUGCCUUCAUCAAGAUGGACACACAUGAGAACGCCGCCAUGGCCAUCUGCCAACUCAAUGGCUACAACGUCAACGGCCGACCUCUCAAGUGCAGCUGGGGCAAAGACCGCCCGCCGACUGGCCAGUUCGAUGGCUACUCGCCCCAGGCGGGCCCCAACUCGGCUUACCCGCAGACUCCAAGCCAGUACUUCCCGCAGUAUGGUGCGGGACCAGGGGGUCCUAUGUCACCCCAAGGUCCAAGCCCCGGCGGACAGCCCUUCGCCCAGAACCAGGCUGGUUUCGGCGGACCUGGCAUGGCACAGCCUUACCAGCAGAUGCCCGGUAGCGCGGGCGGCUACAACGCCGGCCGCGGCGGACAGCCACCCCAGCAACAAUGGGGCCAGCAGCCACAGGGCAACUUCAACCAGAACGGCUUCGGCGGCUACCAGGGCUAGGCACCCUAGCCGCUUGCUCGUGGGUACCCAUACAUUCCUCUCUCGUGUGCGCUGUUUUAUCUUCACGACAUGCCUGGCAGUCUAAAUUGGCGCUUCCUACUUUGUUGGAUAGCACCUUUAUUUCCACCUAUUUGGACGUUUAUCCUAUCAUUCCCAUCAUGUCUCCACGGGCUCAUGUCAUGCGAUCAUUCUGUUCUCGGUUCCAUCAAAAA